AAAAGCCAGAGAGUAAGCUGUUCAACAUCCCAGGUGUUCACAGGCCUCCCUCUCCCUUUCUCAUUCUCUUUGAACCAGCCUUAUCUUCAUCCCCUAUUUCUCCAGCAAACAUGACUAGCCUGAAGGAAAUUUGUGGGGGACUUCCACUACAUCCCUUGCCUGAAAACAGAGGGCAAAAGAAAGGAGUUCCUCAUGCACCUGUGAGAAUCCCCAACCUCACCGCUCAGGAAGAAAAGCUGGCUUUGCAGAAUGCCCUGCGUUAUUUCCCACCCGAAAUCCAUAAAGAACUGGCGCUGGAAUUUGCAGAUGAGCUGAAGCUCUAUGGCCAUAUAUACAUGUACAGAUUCUGUCCUGAAAUCGAGAUGAGAGCAUACCCCAUAGAGGAAUAUCCUUGCAAAACCAAACCAGCUGCUGCAAUAAUGCACAUGAUCAUGAAUAAUCUGGAUCCCUCAGUGGCCCAGUUUCCCCAGGAGCUUGUAACUUAUGGAGGAAAUGGACAAGUCUUCAGCAACUGGGCUCAGUUCUGGCUGGCAAUGCAUUAUUUGUCUGAGAUGACCGAAGAGCAAACUUUAGUGAUGUACAGUGGACAUCCUUUGGGUCUCUUCCCCAGUCAUCGGUAUGCACCUCGAUUAAUCAUCACCAAUGGCAUGAUUAUUCCCAACUAUUCCUCCAGAAGCGAAUACGAGAAAAUGUUUGCGAUGGGAGUUACAAUGUAUGGACAGAUGACAGCAGGGAGUUAUUGCUACAUUGGCCCCCAGGGAAUAGUCCAUGGAACUGUGCUAACAGUGCUGAAUGCAGGCCGACGCUACUUGGGUGUGGAGAACCUGGCCGGGAGGGUUUUUGUCACCUCUGGUCUUGGAGGAAUGAGUGGUGCUCAAGCCAAAGCUGCAGUCAUUGCUGGAUGUGUGGGGAUCAUCGCUGAGGUUGAUGAAGCUGCACUUCUGAAACGGUACAGACAAGGUUGGCUGAUGGAAAUCACCGAUAGCCUGGACCACUGCAUUGCUCGGCUCAGGGAAGCAAGAAAUAAUAAAUUUACCCUUAGUUUGGGCUACCACGGGAAUGUGGUAGAUCUUUGGGAGAGGCUUGUCCAUGAGCUUGACACAACAGGAGAACAGUUAGUGGAUCUUGGAUCAGACCAAACCUCCUGUCACAAUCCGUUCAGUGGAGGAUACUACCCAGUGCAGCUCAGCUUUGAGGAGGCAAAUCAGCUCAUGUCGACCAAUCCAGGGAGGUUCUGUACCCUGGUGCAAGAAAGUCUGAGGAGACAAGUGGCUGCUAUAAACAGGCUGUCUGAUAAAGGCAUGUUUUUUUGGGACUAUGGCAAUGCUUUUCUCUUGGAAGCUCAGAGAGCCGGUGCUGAUGUCGAGAAAAGAGGAGCCAAUAAAACUGAAUUCCGAUACCCUUCCUAUGUUCAGCACAUUAUGGGAGACAUUUUUUCCCUAGGAUUUGGGCCAUUCCGCUGGGUUUGUACCUCAGGUGACCCGCAGGAUCUGGCUACCACUGACUUAAUUGCCGCGUCGGUGCUUGAAGACGCUAUACAUCAGGGAGUCAGUGCAUCAGUGAAGCAGCAGUAUCAUGACAAUAUCCGCUGGAUUCAAGAAGCCGGAAAGCACAGCUUGGUAGUUGGCUCCCAGGCCAGAAUCUUGUAUUCUGAUCAGAAGGGUCGUGUGUCUAUUGCCGUGGCUAUUAAUCAAGCUAUUGCUGACAAAAGAAUUAAGGCACCAGUUGUUCUGAGUCGAGAUCAUCAUGAUGUAAGUGGCACCGACAGUCCUUACAGAGAGACCUCAAACAUCUAUGAUGGAUCAGCCUUUUGUGCAGAUAUGGCAGUACAGAACUUUGUAGGAGAUGCAGUUAGAGGAGCAACUUGGGUUGCCUUACACAAUGGUGGUGGAGUUGGUUGGGGUGAAGUGAUAAAUGGAGGAUUUGGCCUUGUUCUGGAUGGAUCAGAAGAGGCUGAGGAACAAGCUAAAAUGAUGCUCAGCUGGGAUGUUUCCAAUGGAGUGGCUAGACGCUGUUGGUCGGGAAACAGUAAUGCUUAUGAAACGAUCUGCCAAGCAAUGGAAGAAACUGAUAAAUUAAAGGUGACUCUCCCACACAAGGUGGAAGAUGAAAGCAUUGUGGAGCAAGCCCUACAUCGUUAAUUGUAUUCUGAAUUCAUUGUGCUCCUUUCAGGCACACUUUGAAGUUGUGGUCUUGUUACCCUACCUCAUUGUCUGAUAAGAUAAUAAAUGCAAGGUUCUCUCCCA